AUGUUUGUCAGAACCUUGUCAACUGUUGGUCAGUGUUUGUCAGAACCCUGUCAACUGUUGGUCAGUGUUUGUCAGAACCCUGUCAUAACUGUUGGUCAGUGUUUGUCAGAACCCUGUCAACUGUUGGUCAUUAUUUGUCAGAACCCUGUCAAAUAUUGGUCAAUGUUUGUCAGAACCCUGUCAACUGUUGGUCAAUGUUUGUCAGAGCCCUGUCAAUGUUUGUCAGAACCCUGUCAACUGUUGGUCAAUGUUAGAGCCCUGUCAACAUGCCACAUGUUUUCUUCUUCUGGAAAUAAUGAUAGAUUAUGA